AUGAAUUUGGUCAAACAUUUCGGCUGUCAUCGGGCGUUUGCUUCGCAUUCUCGUCCAACGACCACAAUCAAUGAGAAGGAAGUAGAAAAGUUUUCCAGGUUGUCUAGUUUUUGGUGGGACCAAAACGGCCCAUUUCGUCCGCUACAUCUAAUGACCCAGCUAAGGAUGAGGUACAUAAUGGAUCAAAUCGGGCACCAUUUCAAUACCACGUCAAUCUCGUCACUCCGUAUUUUAGAUGUUGGCUGUGGCGGUGGAUUGGUUUCCAAGCCUCUUGCUCGCUUGGGGGCAAAUGUCCUGGGCAUUGAUGCCUCUGCAUCAAAUGUCGAGGUGGCUAGAAGGGCAUGUGAUGGAUUGCCUUUAAAAAUUUGCUUUGAGGCCCAAAGCUCUUCAGAUUUGCUGUUAUCGAAACCAUCCUCCUUUGACGUAAUAGUGGCUCUUGAAGUAAUCGAACAUGUAAACGAUCCCAAUUUAUUUGUCUCUGAUCUUUCCGGAUUGCUAAAACAAAAUGGGCUACUUAUACUCUCAACAAUAAACCGUUCGAAGCUUUCUGAGCUUCUUAMGAUAAACCUGGCUGAAAACAUAUUGAAUUUGGUGCCCAAGGGCACCCAUGAUGCUACAAAAUACUUGACCCCCCAUGAAUUAGAGGAGAUGUUUUCAAAGUCAAAUUUGACACCCGUACCCGGUUCUUUGCUUCCAUGCUUGUAUCUCCCUUGGCCCUUAGAGAAAUGGAUUCCAGUCCCAGCCAAUGGUCCAAUCAUUAACUAUUUCUAUUCGUCUAUAAAAUAA